GUGUUGUGUGAGUCAUUGAGAAAUGAUGGGGAAAAAAGUUGUGCCUAAUUUCAUCAACAUUACAAUACUCUUUCUUCCCUUUCUCUACUCUCUCCAUUUUCACUUCUUCAAAAGUGGAUAUUGCAUUUCACCUUCCUCUGUUUUUGCUUCACACUUCUUCCGCUGUAAUUCAACUGAUCAAAACAAAGAACAUGUGUAUAUAAAUGCUUGAAUAGCAAUUAGACCCUGCUUUUUGUAGUGUACUAUCUUGUUUUGGUACAGCUACGGAGUUUUGUUUAAGUGCAAAAAGCAUACCCAUCUCAAGAAUAAGAAUGACUGAGCAGCAUUCGGAGGCGGAAAGCAGCUCCAACUCCAAUUGCUUGUCAUCUCCGCCGCAAUCACCGUCAUCUCAAGGGUCAACUCAAUCGAAUGUCCCCAACUCAUCAUCGUCCCAGCUGAAAUCCAAAUCCGAAACCAAUGACCCUAAAAAGAUCAAGAGAAUCAGGGACACCAACAAGCAUCCGGUGUACCGGGGCGUUCGCAUGAGGAAUUGGGGUAAAUGGGUGUCUGAAAUCCGUGAGCCGCGGAAGAAGUCCCGCAUUUGGUUGGGUACUUUUCCGACGCCGGAAAUGGCUGCUCGUGCACACGAUGUGGCUGCGCUGAGCAUCAAAGGCAACUCGGCGAUUUUGAACUUUCCUGAGCUUGUUGACAUUCUGCCUCGACCAGCGUCGCUCUCCCCUCGAGACGUGCAAGCUGCGGCUACCAAAGCUGCGCAGAUGAACAACUUGGACUCUCCACCAUCCUCUACGGCGUCCUCCACAUUGUCCUCUUCAACGUCUCUGUCGUCUUUGGUCUCCGCGAUGGACUUGUCAACAGGGUCUGAGGAAUUGAGCGAGAUAGUCGAAUUGCCAAGUCUGGAAACCACCUAUGACUCGACCGAGUUGAAGAACGAGUUCGUAUUUGUGGAUUCGGUGGCGGAGUGGUUCUACCCUCCGCCGUGGUUGCAGAACGUGGAAGAUUAUCAGGUAGGACUUGGGGAGACGGUGCUGCAAAAUGGUUUCGAUCAAGGUCUGUUAUGGGAUUAUAAUUAGUUCUCUACCUGUUUGUGAAAAUGCGCGUGUGAAAUUUCUCCUUUUUGUUUUUUUUUCUUCAGUUUUUCACUUUUGAGCCCUUUAUAGCUUUUUCUCUUUGAAGGGCUAAAACGCUAGCGCUGCUGUGCCUCGUCUCUUUCUGUGUUAUGUAUGUGACCUCUUCAAUGACCUAAAUGUACAGUUGAGUGUUAGUAUAUGUUAAGCUGAAAGAAAAAGUGCCAUAAAUU